UUAUCGGAAGGCAGCAAACGGUUCCAAAGGUCCGUCGUCGUGCAAAACGAUCUCCCCAGCGGCGCAUUGUGGUUUGCAGAUUUUUGCUGUAGCAGCAGCGGUGCAUAGCAGGCGACAUCGAGCAGGCACCGGCGUUGGACGACGUCUGCCGCGCGAGAGGACGUAAUGCUCUCGGAUUUCGGGAUCGCAGCAGCUGUGCGCGUCACCGCAAAAUGACGUCCGCGUUCUCGGCUCUCCGGUGUUUUUGCUCAUGAUGGGGCGUAUUUCAACGCGGAGGAGGACGUUGCCCGUAGCGUCGCUGGCAUGGACGGGAUUGUAUGCGUUUCUCUGGUGCUCUGCGCUAGCGAUUGCGCAGUCGUCUGACACAUGCCCUGAGCUUCCAGAGCUCAACGUAACAAGGAAUGGAUCCAAUAUCAUCCUACACAGGGCAAAGCCCCUACCCUCUAGUCCAGCGAACGACAGCAGCUGCAUCUGCUAUCCAGUCCUCGACGAUGAACCAGAUCUUGGUAUCACAUGUGAAAAUGCCACACUUAGCAAUGUCACCUGCGAUAAUAUGCCAGUCGAUCAAGACGGAAAGAUUGAGAUUGAGAUCGACGAUGAAAUUUCUUCUGGCCAGGCAUCCAUAUGCCAUAUUUCCAACUGCGGAAAAAAGAACUGCAGCAUUUACGAUGCCAGCAAUGACAUCGCAUCUGUCCGCGACCUGAACAUCACUUUUGUGAAUUCGUCCAUGGCGUUCGUAUCCUGGAGUGUUCAUCAACAUUACGGUCCAGGAGUAAGCCAAUUUCAAGUAACAUGGUGCGCAGAAGAAACCAAUUGUUCAUCAGAUACGACUUGCUUAGAGGAUGGACACCUAACUUCAGAUCAGAACGUCACGGAUACGAGUGCAGUCAUGGAAGAGCUGAGCCCAGCUACAAGCCUGAGGCUGCGAGUGGCGCCUCUAGGUGUUCAAGGGAACUCGUCUUUUGGUUGUAUUGAAAUACCCCCUGAAGAACCUGAACGCAUCGAAAACAUAACAGCUUCUCUACACGGACUGGAUGGCUUACAAGUACAGUGGGCACGGCAGGCACCUUUACACAUCUCGUACGAUCACUACGAGGUUCGCUACUGCGUGAAUAAAGAUGCAAUUUGUCCGGAAGACAAGGAGCGUUACCUCAACGAAUGCAGCAGUGUCGUAUCGGAAAUCGAAUUGAAUCGAAGCAGCUACGACAUACCUAGUUUGAAGCCGAAGAGUGUGGUGGUUGUUGGAGUGGCUUCAAAAAGACGCUAUCCAAACGGAAUGGUGACAAAAUCGGAAGAGACUAUUGACUGCUUCAAGUCGCCUGCUCCUGGAAUUAUCAAAGGAUUUAGCGCCACAGACAUCACCAGCAGAAAUGCUGCUGUGCUGUGGACAUUCGAGCAAGAUGGCUACCAGGAACUGCGUCCCGCUUCAUUCAACGUGACGUGGUGUGUCGCAGCUAAGCAUCAGUGCCCUUCGAAUGCCUCAGCGAGCCUCGUGUGCACAGAGGACAGCCAAAGAACUGUGCGGACGAAAAUUGCCACGCUCAACACGAGUGGUUUGCCUCCUUGGAGUGCGAUAUUAGUGACAGUGGAAGCUUUGUACACGAACGGAAGCGAGCAAGUUUCCCUUGGGGAACCGACUGCCUAUUGCUUCCAGACGCUAGCAGAAGCUCCCGGAAAGCCAAGAGACCUGCGUAUAACCACUGUUGAAUCAACGAGCGCCGUCAUCGAGUGGCGGGAACCAGCAGUGAAAAACGGUCCACUGGACGGUUACAUCCUCAAUGUGUGCGGCGUGAAUGACUCAGUGGAAAACAACUGCACAGAAUCUACAAGUCUACAGGUCAUGAUCAACAAUUCCUUGACGCCUUCGCACACGUUGAGAGGUCUCGAUCCGUGGACUAAGUACACGGUUACCUUGACGGCAUUCAACAGAGAUUUCGAUGGCUCCGAAAUGAUCAGCGACGGGUCCACCGAAGUGUUCCGUACGGACGCAGUGGCUCCGGGUAGCGUAACCAGUCUCUCCGUCGUAGGCGUCACCAAUCGCAGUAUAUCGCUGAGCUGGAGCAAGCCUGAUUUUAGAGGUGGCAAUGUAGACCACUACGAGGUUACACACUGCACCGUGGACAACUGCGAUGCUACUGCCGACGUAUCCAGCGGACUCGAUACAGAGUCGAGCGGCUGCCACACUCAGCGAGAGACGGCGGAGGCAACGCAGCUUACAAACUUGCAGCCCUGGAAGUUUGUCGCUAUUCGUGUGGCCACCGUGAACAUCAUGAAGAACGGUAGUCGGCUCCUCGGAGAGGCUGCGACCAUUUGUCAGAGGACAAAAAGAGGAGUGCCCGGAAGACCAGAAGACGUGAGAACAACAGCCAACAAAGACUCAAUCGAGAUCCAUUGGAAGCGCCCGCUUGUGCCUAAUGGAGAUGUAUCCCAAUACAAAGUCGUCGUUUGCAGUGAAGACGAGAACAAUGAAACUAAGUGCGAAACCCGCACAGUUCUUGGAGGUGAAACUCACACGCUCAUCAACCAUCUGGUACCAUGGACUCUGUACUCAGUGUCAGUGGCUGCACAGAACAUUGAGGACACCACUGUGUUGGAAAGCGAAUCAGUGAGGACAACUGUGAAAACGCUUGCUGCGGCCCCCUCCAAGCCGAUGAACUUGAAUUCGACAGAACUACACCACUCAGUCAACAUCUCCUGGGAUGAGCCGGAAUUGAAACGGGGCCCACUUCAUGGCUAUAACAUAUCAUGGAUCCUCGAAGACUGGCUUGGCCGAAUGACGUCGGCGGGAUCGAUGGUUACAAACAACACCGCAGUCCAGCUUUCAACAUGGAAACCGUACUCUAAUUACACGUUGUCUGUGAGAGCGUUUCAUCAGAUUGAAGAUGGUGAACCUCUCUACGGUGAUGCGGCGCUGAUGGCUUUCAAAACGGCUGCGGACGCUCCGGAUCAAGCAAAGCUUGACACGGUGAUAGGAUCACGAUCAGCUGCUAUUUCUAUGAGUGUGCACGGUUCUCCAAACGGACCCUUGGAUGGUUUUUUCUGGUGUAACUACGUCAUCAGCAAGGACAGCAGGGCCCACAAUGAAAAUGGCAACCCAUCAGUCUGCGCCGAAGAAUCAAGGACAACGCAACGGCUCCUGCUCCUGGAGGGUCUCAAGCCGUGGACUUUUUACAAGUUCGCCGCACGCGCCUACAACCUUGACAGAACAGGGUCUCCUUUGGAGGGGAAGGAGACGUGGACUUUCUACAGGACGAACCCGGACGCACCUUCGUUUCCCGGCAACUUUUCGGUGGCCCGUUGCGAGUCCAGGCGGCUCUACGUCAACUGGUCUGAACCCGUCGAGAAAAACGGGGAACUCGAGGGCUACGUCCUCUCCUGGAACCUCAGUGCUGAUGGCCGUGAGGUCAACCAUACGGACCUCGGCUCGCGAAGCACUGUGAUACGGUGGCUGGAACCGUUCACCGAAUAUAUGCUGGAACUGCGUGCCUACAAUGUGUUUGGCUCGAAGCGCUUAGAGGGUCCUGCAGUUCGAAUCCUUUCUCGUACACUGUCCGAAGCACCCGGUCCUGUUGUGGGCCUAGACGCGACGGCGUUCAAGAAUAACACCGUGCAGCUCACUUGGCGUCCCCCGAUUCAGCCAAGAGGAGAGCUUCAGAGCUACGUGGUCAUCUACAACGCCACUAAGCCAGGCAAGCCAGCGAUAACGAAUGUUCCUAGCGACUUCCUGACGGCCUCAAGCACGUGCCGAGGAAUGCCUGCUGUGUGCACCUUUGAGGUGGAGGAACUGCCAGCCGAAUACGUCUACACCUUCGACGUGCGUGGUAUCAACGUUAAUGUCAGCGCUUGGGGUGAUGCACUUGAAUCGCCGGUUCAUGUCGAGGUUCCCGCUGGAGAUCCUCCGCCUCCGAAGAACAUGUCAAUGGUGGCCAGCGACUGCCCAUCCGCGCCGGAGCCGGACACACAGAAGUCGUUCCUGAUUUCCAGAAACAUGUUCGACGAGAGGAACGGCGAGAUAAGACGGUACGCCGUGGUCGUUGGAUCCGCCGAGCUUAUUCACGAAGAUGUUGAAAAUACUACCACAUGGAAGGACCUCGCAAGAAACCACCGUACUCCUCCACACGUGGUUACACCACAAGACUGGAACCCUUUCAGUAAGGCGAAAGACGAUGAUGACCCACUGAACUGCGAGCCACUGCGAGGUCGAGAAGGAACUCUCAUAUGUACCAUCGGCUAUGAAAGUUGUGAUGACGACCGGGAGACUCCCUGCAAUGGGCCUUUGAGAGGUGGAACCGAAUACGCGAUGUACGUCAUCGGGUACACGAAAGGUGGGAGACGUGCCAGUAUUCCUGAGGUGUUCGUUACAGCACUUCCAGAGGAGCCAAGCUCGGCAGGAGCAAUCGCAGGUGGAAUCCUGACCGCCAUCAUAAUAAUGGCUGCCAUCCUUGUGGUGCUCGUGAUUCACAGGAGGCGCCUGGCGCGGCAGAAGCAAGCGAGCUCGAAAAGACCGUCUGCUGAAGCGAGCAACAUGAAUAAUUCGCUCGUGCAUUUGGUGCAGAUGUCCGAUGUUAACGGGUCGACAACCAAGCCCAACCCGACUUUGAUGCAAGACGAGAUAGAAAUGGAACAUCACGUCAUCAAAGACAUCAACAAGCCCAUACCUAAGGCAGAAUUCCGGGACCACCUUGCGAUGAUGAUGCAGGAUUCAGCCUACAGGUUCGCCGAUGAGUACGAGAGACUGGUUGAACUCAGUGCACAGUACCCUUCGGACGUCGCACGGCAUCCAGCAAACAGCAAGAAGAACCGGUUCACCAAUAUUCAUCCGUUUGACAAGUCAAGGGUACCCUUAUCCGUUGUAGGCGAUGACGAACAGUCGUCCUAUAUCAACGCAAGUUUUGUGAAGGGUUGCAACGCGGACCGCGAGUACAUUGCCGCUCAAGGACCCAACGCACUGACCGUCAAUGAUUUCUGGCGAAUGAUCUGGGAGCACGACGUUAAAAUUAUCAUCAUGCUUACGCAGUUCAUCGAAGGGAACAAGAAAAAGUGCGAGAAGUAUUGGCCCGACGACAACAAAGAGCACGCCUACGGAAGCGUACAAGUGCGCAAGGACUCGACUGCGGAGCGAGAAGACUUUAUUUUGACUGAAUUCAGAAUAAAAUCUGACGAUUCCAGCAAGUGGCGUAGCCUGCGCCACGUGUUCUUCACUGCGUGGAAAGAUCACGGGACUCCGGAGAAGCCAGAUACACUCAUACAGUUCGUGCGCACCUGCCAAAGCAUGUUCGGGCCGAGGGGGGGUUCGCAGCCACCAAUCCUUGUGCACUGCAGUGCGGGAGUUGGGAGAACCGGCACCUUCAUCGCCCUUGACAUGUGCUUGCAAAAACUACAAGUCGAGGACGAGAUCGACAUUUUCCACCUCGUCUUGGACUUGCGCGAGUGCAGGAGGUGCAUGGUGCAGAAUGAGAAACAGUACACUUACCUUUACCACUGCGUUGCCGCUGUCAUCGAUGAAAUGUGUGGAUAUACAGUACAAAGUGAGCCGAUAUACGAGAACGUGGCUGCCCUGAUGUCCGGGUCUACCUGCUGAAAACAUCACGAGAGUUCAGCCUCGUCCGCUGCAUGUGAUAACAGUGGCUCUAGAAAUUUAGAGAGAAAUGCUCAAUUUUGUUAUUCUAUUGAAGCGCGCUUCGCUUGGUUUCUGGAGAUGUCUCUGGGGAAUUAAGAUGUUAUAAAUUUUAGCAUGGACCUCUGUAAAGUGUAACGUUGUACGUGAAAGACACAGACAGAACCAAAGAACGAAGACACAGACAGAGCGAAAGCUAUCAAAAAUGUUGUGGGCAACCAUCGCGAUCUUUUUAUACAAUGCGACAAUUCUUGACAGUUUGCGCGGUAUGUGUAUUUUCGUUUCUUUCUUCUUUCUGUGUCUUUUACAUGCAACGUUGCACGCUUUAUUGGAAUACCAACACUCCCAACUAAAAACCUUAGUAUUCAGCUUGAACACCUCUUCACGUCGGUAAUUAUCUAUGCUACAUUUUACUUUCUCUAAAUAAACAGAAAAAACAAAUGCUAGAACGGCUUACACAAGCACACUUUCAAUUCAGAUGCUAUCACUGCAUUUCUUUCAGUGUGAAAUCAUAGCCUGUUUUCAAUAGAAAAUGAAAACAUAGUUCUCAAAAUAAUUUCACACCUAGGCAAGAGUGCCCUGUUUAUCAUUUUGGCUUCAAAGCCUUCUAAAUGUACAAGCGAACUUCAAUCAUUUUGUGACGAAAAAUUGCAAAUGUUUUCGGAUUUGAUUUUCCUUCUCUUUGCAUUGAAUGUAAUAUUACUUUGUUAAUGUGCUGUCGGCUAGACUAAGAUGCACGCUGUCGGAAUCGGUGACGAUAGUGUGUAAGCGAAUGCAUAAAUCUCAGCGUAGCUUCAGCAGCGAUUGAAUUUUUUACAACCCCUGUAAGAGCACCAAACCCUGGUUUAGGCUGGCUUUUUUCGUUUGAAAAAGAAUGAUCUAUAUUAUAGCCUAACCAAACAUUUAUCUUCAGUAUCACUACUUGACUAAACUAUGAAACAUGAGUGCAAGACUUUCUGCAUCGAAAAAUUUAGUCUUCCCUGUGAUGAAAGCGCGUGUCGAGUGUGUUGACUGAAUAUUUGUCGCUUCGCUUACGUUGGCUACAGGCGAGAUCAUAUCACCAGGUUGUCCUUGCCUAAUGCCACAGCACUAUGUCGAAGUGUUCUCAGUUCUUAAUAAGUUCUACAGUGCUGUGCAAACGUGACGUGCGCUUUUAAGGAAAUGAAAAUUCUUGAGAGUACAGCUAGUCGUGAACCUUUUUUUAAUGUUAAACAUUACCUUUAUGACAGAGUGAAUGCAUCAUUUGACUUACAGUGCAGUUCUUACGUUUCUGACACAACGAUCCGUUUAUGGAAAGCUUAUACAUUAUGUAUUAUUGCAAGUAUCAUUUAUGUCUCAAAAUGACAAAGGAACAUAAGGAAUGUGAAUGCUUGGAGGUAGGAACAAUUACCUAGCUAAUACCACUAAUGCGCACAACUUCAGGGUAAAGUCCGAGUAUUUCGAAUAGAAACAAUAAUGUCGUUAGUUUCGCCCAAUGUUGGGAGUUAAUUUCUUGCACAAACCGCUGCGCACGCCAUGUUAAAUGAAAUAGAAUACACAUUUAUUAAGCCAGAACACAGCCCCCAAAAUGAUAAGGGCUAAAGCUGAAUCAACAGCUUUACAUGACCCAUGAACCCUUGCUAGCUAGGCUUAGGUGCAGAAAGAUGCUCUUUGUUGGAUCAAUGAAAGUAACGUGUAGAAGGAAUCAUAUGAACCGAAAAGAAUGUUCUUUGGGAGCGCACGGGCCCAAAUACUAACAAAAAGGCUGGAGUACUGCUGUCUGCAAUAUCGUCCCGAAUAGUAGCAUGAUCUGGUGAAAAUAUUUAUCAUUACACACUUUUAUCAUAACGGCGUAUUCUUGUACGAAGUGGCGAACUCUUUGCCCUUUUAUUCUUAACCACCAGGAGACAAUGAUGAGUCUUCUUUAUUUACUCUCCCGCCAUUCUUGAGUCAGUGCAAGAUAUGUAUAUAAAACGUGAAUUUCAUUGUUGUGAGUGAUGAGGGCUUGUAAUUUAGCAACUGCAAAAUGCACGUUGCACUUGAGUGUGAUUUUUCUUUCUUGCAUGAAGAACAUAAAUAUUUUUCUUUCAGAAGUUUGCAUCAGUAAAAAACACAUUCCAUACAAUAUUUUAUAUAUUGUGUUUUUUAUUCAAUAUGUUUAGUUUGAAUAAAUACAAAGAAACAUUA